AUGUCUGUCACAGCGGGAGUGAGUGACGCAGCACUCGCUGCGAGGGAGAAGCUACGAGGCGGGAUCGGACAGACGAAAGUGAAACGAUACUGGCCUGGAAAAGCUCCGGAGUGGGCAGAGGAACCCGAAGAAGACGAGGAUGUUAAGAUGCACAAGGUCGAUGUUUUGGAUAGAGCUCAUGAUGAUUUAGGUGUUGCUAGGAAAGACGAUCCGAGGCUUCGCCGUUUAGCUCAGACGAGAAUCGAGAACCGCGAAGAAGCUAGAGCCGAUCACCGGCGUGUGAGACAGGCUGAGAUUAUAUCUACUGAAGAAGAAGAGUUGAGGAAUCAGGAGAUUAAAGAGGAGGAAGAAGAUGAAGAUGCGUUGGAAGAAAGAAGGAGGAGAAUCAGAGAGAAGAAUCUUAAGAGAGCGCAAGAAGAGGCUGCUCUGCUUCCAGAGGAAGAAGAAGACGAGCUACAAGAUGAAGACGAGGAGGAGGAAGAGUCUGAGUACGAGACUGAUUCGGAGGACGAGAUGCCUGGGAUUACCAUGAUCAAGCCUGUUUUUGUACCGAAAGCUGAGAGAGAUACGGUUGCGGAGCGUGAGCGGCUUGAAGCUGAGGAAGAGGCGCUUGAGGAGUUAGCAAAGAGGAAACUUCAGCAGAGGAAGAUAGAGACGAAGCAGAUUGUGGUUGAGGAAGUUAGGAAAGACGAGGAGAUACGGAAGAACAUGUUGUUGGAAGAAGCGAAUAUUGGAGAUGUGGAAACUGAUGAUGAACUCAACGAAGCUGAGGAGUAUGAAGUUUGGAAGACGAGAGAGAUCGCUAGGAUAAAGAGGGAAAGGGACGCGAAGGAAGCUAUGUUGAGAGAGAGGGAAGAGGUAGAGAAGCUGAGGAACAUGACGGAGCAGGAGAGGAGAGACUGGGAGAGGAAGAAUCCGAAAGCUACAACUGCUCAGUCGAAGAAGAAAUGGAACUUCAUGCAGAAGUACUACCACAAGGGUGCUUUCUUCCAGGCGGAUCCUGAUGACGAGGCGGGAUCUGUUGGGACUGAUGGGAUAUUUCAGCGAGACUUCUCUGCUCCCACGGGAGAAGAUAGGUUGGACAAAUCGAUUCUGCCGAAAGUCAUGCAGGUCAAGCACUUUGGUCGUAGUGGAAGAACUAAAUGGACUCACCUUGUCAAUGAGGAUACAACAGAUUGGAGUAACCCGUGGACUUCGAAUGAUCCUCUACGUGAGAAAUACAAUAAGAAAAUGGCAGGCAUGGAUGCUCCUAUUGAAAAACCAAAGGGAAGCAAGAAGAUGAAAGAUUGGGAGAAAUAA